AUGUCUGAGAGGGAUGUCCAAGAAUCUUUCUCAAGAAUGAACAUGUAUGAUGAUACAGCAAAUAAUCGAGCUGCGCAGCGUGCAGAAAGUUCAACUGGAAGACGUUCGCCUGGAAAUGAACAACCUGGUCCCUCGGGAACACAAAAUUACCAAGGAUCUGAACAGCACACCCCAGAAGGAACAAUCACAUUGGAAAAAACAACAAGUAUUUUGAAGCGCGAUAUGAUGUAUCAAACGCAAACUUUUGUCGAAAGACCUGGAGUGGUUGGAAAGUUGGGAGAGAAAACCAAAUUGGUGACCAAUUACAUCACUUUCAAAACAAAUGCACAACCUAUUCGACUUUAUCAGUACAAUAUUCAAGUUUUAACUGGAACGAGAGAGGAGAAAAAACGGUAGGUUUUUGAAAAAAAAAAAAGUCAUAUUUUGUUAUGUUCAUAAUUCAGAUCACGAUGCACUGCCAGAUUCUGGGAAUGCGUUCAAGAAUACCGUCAUUUUUUCCCUAACAAUAUCACUGAUAUACUUUAUAAUGGUGUCAAUAUGUUGUGGGUGAAAGAACAACUGAAAGUUACCUCCGGAGAUGUACAACUCAAGCUUCACCAUGAUGUAAGUUUUACUUUUUAUUUUUAUUUUAGGGGUGUUUAGCAAUUCAUAGAGUAAAUUUUUGAAUGUCGAUUUUACACAUAAGGUAAUGUUGCAGAUUAGUUUCUCCUCCAAGGAGAAAUGGGGCAAAAUUUAAAAAAAAAAAGACUAUUUUGCCUGUGCAACACGUUUCUUCUUAAUCACCUCCAAGGAGAAACUAAUAUGCAUCAUCGCCUAACUAUUUUCAAUCCUUUUCUGAAAAAAAUAAAAUUAUUUUUGCUUUACCGCAUUUGUUGAUAAAGUCAAAAAACUUUUUUUUUUCAGGAUGGUCGUGAUGCGAAAACAACUAUUCAUAUCAAAUUUGCAUCAACUAUCGAAUUUUCUGAAAAUGCUACAUUAGAAGCUGAUAGAGAUUUAUUCGUUACAAUUGCAGAUGCAAUUGUCAGCCAAAGAUCAAGAUGUCCAAUUGAGUAUGUUUUGAAGAAAAUAAUAAAUCCAAAGUUUACCUAUUACAAUUAAUUUUGAAGAUUCAGUGAAACUUCAAAAUAAACUUCGUUAAGUAAACGUUGUCUUUACUACAAAUAAUAUACUCAUAGCAUUUUACAAUAUUUUUUCAGAGGAGGAGAUGGUUUGUUGUUUACUGCACAUGAAAAUGGAAUGUAUUCCAGUCAUUUCCGUGAUCCACACAAUAUUGUUAAACUAAAAAUCGAACUCGGAAAAACCUUAGAAGCAUGGACUGGUUUACAUUUUGCUGCAAAAUUACAGCUUCAAAUGGGACCUUGUGCUAAUAUUGAUUGUGAGUUUUUUAAACUAUUUAACUGAAUUAGUGAGAUUUGUUUCAAGAUACAUUUCCGAAUCACGAAUCGGUAUAAAAAACACUUUUUCUAGUGGUUAUAUGUCAGAAAUUGGAAGGAAUAUUUAUUUCAUUAAAUAAUCAUUAGAAAAUCGAGAACGUUAGAGCAUCUAGAUACUGAAGUUUUUCGAAACUUUUGAUACUCAAAAAAAUCAGCGACGGUGCCGUCACUUAUUUUACGGUUUGCAACGAUACCGACAUUUUUUACCCACGGAUUUCAUCUUUGAACUGGUUUCACCUUCGAAUUUUGCUCCGGUGUUACGUGAUGAAAUUGAUUUGAAACCGUCGCUGAUUUUUUCUGACAAUUAAAAAAAGUCAAUAGAAUGAAUUCAUUUUACAGUAUGUCAUACGGUGUUUAUGAUUCCGGAAUAUUCACUCAUUCGAAUGAUGCUUGAUAUUGCUGCUGGUCGUAAAAUAUCCGAUGAAGAAUAUGAAAACGAAGAAAGACGUCUUCAAAAUUAUGGAAUAAGUGAGGGAAACAAAAAGGAUAUGAAAACAAUUUUGCACAACAAAACAAUUUGUAUCAAUUAUGGAAAUGGAAGAGCUUUCAAAUUCAAGGGAAUUUCUGACGGAUCUGCUGACCAAACAUUUUUUACUGUUAGUUAUUAUUUAUUUUUAUAUUAAUUCUUAUUUAUCAAGUUUCAGUUUGAAGGCCGAGAGAUGUCAAUUGCUCAAUAUUUUCAAAGUAAAGGAAUAAAUCUUCGAUUCCCUCAUUUUCCAUGUAUAAUUGGUCCACAGUUCCGAGGUCAAGAGAGUCCAUCAUUAUUUCCUUUGGAAUUUGUAACAACUGCCAAACAAGUUCAAAAACAUUUUGGAAGGCUGCCAGAUCAUCAACUUGCUCCGAUGAUUCGAGGAACCGCUUAUCCGCCAUGUGAUCGAUUCCGAAUUGUGAAAACUUUGGCAAUUGAUGGAUUACCAGAUCAAGUGCCACCAUUGAUUGAAAAUGAUCCGUGGAUGCGAAAUUUUGAUUUGGAAAUUGGAAAGGAGUUUAUUCACGUUGAUGCAACCAUUUUGCCACCACCCACCCUGCGCUAUGUAAGUUCAUAUUUUUAAUAUAAUAGCAGUUGUUACAGUAUGCUAUUAAUAAAAAAAACAAAUUUUUCCUGAGGGUAUUUUUUUUGAACAUUUUCAAUAAAUUCAUGAUAUUUUUUUAUCUGACGAGAGGGUUAGAGCACCCUUUAUUUUUUAUAUUGAACUUUGGAUUUUUCACCUAAACUCACAUUGUCAGAGACCAUUCCAUUGAAUAAAAAUAAAAAAUUGAAUAUUUAUUCAUUUUUCAGGGAAAUCUGAAAUUUUUUGAUGAAUAUCAUCAUGGAGUAUGGCUUCCUGUUGUAGAAGACGAAGGAUUCAAAAAAGUUUUGACAGCUAGAUGUACAACAACACACCGCGAGAAAAAAAUUAUUCCAGCAAUUAUUACUAUUGAAAAUCCACGGCUUAAUCCUCAAAAUGUUGCGUUUGAUCAGUGAGUCCAUUUUGAAACAUGAAAUUCAUUUUCAUAUUCAUAUUUGCUUUAUUUCAGCGGCUCUAUCCAAUGUUUAAUGGAAACUGUCAGCAGAUUUGGUCAACCAGUUUACAGAAAUAGAUACAAUCAACCAGCUACAUAUUUUGUGAGUUUUGUUUUAAUAAUUUUGACUCUCGGGUUUUAAAAAUCUUUGAUAAUAUGAAAAACAUCAGAAAAAUUAAAGUAUUUUAAAAACAUUAAUGCAAUUGUCAUCAACUAAAAUGUUUUCAUAGAAUACGAUAUGAUAAUGAAUACCCCACGGAAUAACUUUAAAACUUGAUUAUUUCAGGUUGGAGCAUAUCACCAAGGAAGAAAUCGAAUCGAAGAAUUGAGGAAUAUGUUGGUUGAAAUCAAAACAAGAAUAGAAAAUGAUAGAGAAUUGUCCGCUGAUGGCUCACUUCCUGUUCCGCUUGUUUUGUUUAUUUUUGCUUACCGAUCAACUACAAUCAGAACUAGAACUUUGAAUGUUAUGGGAGAUUAUGGUUAGUAUAUUCAAAUGUAUUUAAAAAAUAAAUAAUUUCAUUUUUUCAAGGAAUCAUCAAGCAACUAUGUGAUGGUGAAGUCGGAAUUAAUUGUCAAGGAAUUCUUCGCAAAAAUUUGGCAACAAUAAGUGGAAAUCCAAACAGAUGUUCAACUGCUCAUAAUAUGGCUAUGAAAAUUCUCUCAAAAAUUGGAACUACACAUUAUAUGAUUGAAAGCGGCGGAAAGCACAAAAAGUGAGACACAAGAAAAUUUAUUUAAAAAUUAUUCAAUGUUUUCAGCUGGACGAAGCUCACCAAUCCAAAAGAACCAACACUUGUUUUGGGAAUUGAUGUAACCCAUCCAUCAGAUAUUGACAAUCGAAUGGGAGGCAAAUACGCAUGCUCAAUUGCAGCUGUUGUUGGAAAUAUUGAUGUUUCAAUUUCAAAGUUAGUUUUGACAAAAAUAAUAUUUUUAUAAAAUGAAAUAAUUGAACAAAUUUAGAUUCGGAGAAUCAGUUCGUAUUCAAGAACGAGGACUUGAAAGAAUUGUAAAAAUGGAUCAAGUGAUUGAAGAGAGAAUUAAAGAAUUCAUUGAAUAUGCAGGUAUUCGUCCAGCACAUAUUGUUAUUUAUCGAGAUGGUGUAUCCGAAACUGAAUUCAAACGUAUUCUUUAUGAGGAGAGAACUGCUAUUGAACGUGUUUGUAAAUCUCUCGAUAAAGAUUAUGAACCAACAUUCACAUAUAUUGUUGUAUCGAAAAGACAUCAUACGAGAUUCUGUGCAUUGCGAGAAUCAGACACGGAGGGAAAGUAAGAAUUUUUUAAACUUGAAUCAGGGACGUUUAGAAGUUCGGAAAAUAUUAAAAACAACAAUGAAACAAUAAACACAUUUUAGAGAAACUUUACAGUUUUCUGAGAAAAUACACUUUCCGACUACCGAAGACAAAAUUUGAACUUUUUCCUGAGAAUAUUUUGCAAAAUUUAAAAAUUCUACAGAGCCUACAACAUCAAGCCUGGAACACUCGUCGAAAGCCAAAUCACAACCAAGAAAUAUUUCGAUUUUUAUUUGGCUAGUCAAUUUGGUCCACUUGGAACAACUCGACCAACUCAUUAUUAUGUAUUGGCUGAUAGUUGGAAGCCAAGUAAUGCAUUUUGGCAAACAAUCACCUAUGCUUUAACUUAUGCAUAUGUGCGAACAUGUAAAUCAAUUUCAAUUCCGGCACCAGUUAUGUAUGCACAUUUGUGUGCAAAAAGAGCAAGAGAUCGAUUCAUGGCAUAUUUCGAUAUUGCCGAGUAAGUGUUUUGUGAAUAUUUAAGCAUCUGAAUUUUCUUUUUUCAGACAACGAGGCAUUCAUGUCAAUAUGUUAGAUUUUGAAGACUAUAUGAGAGUUCUCACAUCUUUGAAACCACACGACAAUCUCAAAAAGAGAGGAAUGUUAUACUGUUAA